AACGAGCAAGAGGAAGCCCUGAAACUUAAACUCCUCCUGCAGCUCUGCAUCUGCUCUGAGUCACUGGUAUGACUCACACUGACAGCGUUCACGUUUGCUAGCGUUCGGAUGGAGCAGGUCUGGCAACAGAAGAAGCAGGUUAGAUUGUUGAUUACCUGCUGCAGCAGCAAACAGUUGCGUCAAGAUGGAUUUUUAUGAGCACAGAUGAAACAGAGGAGGCUCCACCAAGCACAAUUAUUAUUGUUUUCUUAAGAUGUGGACUUAACUGGUGUUAAAAUAUGCAGAAUCCCUCCAGCCAUGAGGAAAAGAGCCCUCUUCUGGUAACGUUAGAGGAAUAACAAUUGGAGACAGCCCGCUGCACUCUGCUGCUCUGCAAGGCAAACAUCAUUAAAGUCAAGCAGCAGGAAAAGAAGGGUUCUUCAUGACAAAAUGACAGCAAGAGAACACAGUCCCCGCCAUGGUGCAAAAUCCCGCACCGUGCAACGGGCCUCCACCAUUGAUGUCACCUCUGACAUGCUAGGCCUUUCUCUAACAGGAAACAUUCAGGAUCCAGAUGAGCCAAUUUUAGAGUUCAGUUUAGCUUGCAGCGAGCUGCUAACUCCAUCGCUAGACAGAAAACCAAAUAGUUUUGUAGCAGUGAGUGUAACUACACCUCCUCAGGCAUUCUGGACAAAGCAUGCACAGACAGAAAUUAUUGAGGGAACAAGUAAUCCUAUCUUUCUAAGCAGCAUUGCCUUUUUCCAAGACUCUCUUAUCAAUCAAAUGACACAAAUCAAACUCUCUGUGUAUGAUGUCAAAGACAGAUCUCAGGGAACAAUGUAUUUGUUGGGUUCUGGGACGUUCACUGUUAAAGAGCUUCUUCAGGACAGACAUCACAGGCUGCACUUAACACUAAGGUCCACCUCCAAAAAAAUCUCAACGCAGAGUGUUUGUUGCAGGUCGGCUGAAAGUGAUCGUGUAGGUAACAUUACAGUUAUUGGAUGGCAAAUGGAGGAAAAAUCUGAUGAAAGGCCUCCAGUGACAAGGUCACCUGAUACAAUUAAUGGAAGAACUGUGUUGCCAGUUGACGAAAGUUUAACAGAAUCCUUAGGAAUGAGAUCCAAAUAUGCUUCAUUACGGAAAGACGCACUACUGAAAUCUGUGUUUGGUGGUGCCAUUUGCCGAAUGUAUCGUUUCCCAACCACUGAUGGAAACCACCUGAGAAUCUUGGAGCAGAUGGCUGAGAGCAUCCUGUCACUGCACAUUCCUAGGCAAUUUGUGAAGCUGCUUCUAGAAGAAGAUGCAGCAAGGGUUUGUGAGCUAGAAGAAUUGGGAGAAUUGUCUCCUUGUUGGGAAAGCCUUCGUCGACAAAUAGUUUCUCAGUACCAAACAAUUAUUUUAACUUACCAGGAAAAUCUAAGUGAUCUGCACCAGUAUAAAGGUCCUUCAUUUAAAGCCAGUAGCUUGAAAGCUGAUAAAAAAUUGGAAUUUGUUCCUACAAAUUUACAUAUACAGAGAAUGAGAGUCCAGGAUGAUGGAGGAUCAGAUCAGAACUACGACAUAGUCACCAUAGGAGCACCAGCAGCUCAUUGUCAAGGCUUUAAAUCAGGUGGCUUGCGGAAAAAGCUGCAUAAAUUUGAAGAGGCAAAGAAACACAGUUAUGAGGAGUGUUGCACUUCAACAAGUUCCCAGUCUAUAAUAUACAUCCCCCAGGACAUUGUUAGAGCAAAGGAAAUUAUUGCACAAAUCAACACCCUGAAAACGCAAGUCAGUUACUAUGCAGAAAGGCUCUCAAGAGCUGCCAAGGAUAGAUCAGCUAAUGGUCUCGAAAGAACACUAGCCAUCUUGGCAGACAAGACCCGACAACUAGUCACAGUCUGUGACUGCAAGCUGUUGGCAAAUUCAAUACACGGACUGAAUGCUGCAAGGCCAGACUAUAUAGCUUCAAAAGCAUCUCCAACCUCUGGGGAAGGGGAGCAAGUGAUGCUGAGGAAUGAUCAAGAUACACUUGUGGCCAGAUGGACAGGAAGAAAUAGCCGGUCUUCGCUGCAGGUGGAUUGGCAUGAAGAGGAAUGGGAGAAAGUUUGGCUGAAUGUUGACAAAAGUCUGGAGUGUAUUAUACAGAGAGUGGACAAACUUCUCCAAAAGGAGCGCCUUCAAGCUGACAGCUGUGAAGAUGUUUUCCAGUGUGACACCAGCAGUACUAGUAAGAAAGAUUGCAGCCCUCCUCCGGAAGAAUCUGGCCCAGGCGAAUGGAGUGAAGCUCUUUAUCCCUUGCUGACGACGCUCACAGACUGCGUAGCCAUGAUGAGUGACAAGGCAAAGAAAGCCAUGGUCUUUUUAUUAAUGCAGGACAGUGCUCCAACAAUAGGGCUCUGCCUCAGCCUUCAGUAUCGCAGGGAUGUUGUCUUCUGCCAAACUCUGACAGCUCUCAUUUGUGGUUUCAUUAUCAAGCUGAGGAACUGCCUGCAUGAUGAUGGAUUUCUAAGGCAACUCUACACCAUUGGCUUGCUUGCACAGUUUGAGAGCCUGCUGAGCACUUACGGUGAGGAGCUGGCAAUGCUGGAGGACAUGAGCUUGGGAAUCAUGGACUUGAGGAAUGUAACCUUUAAAGUAACUCAGGCCACAUCAAAUACAUCUACUGACAUGCUGCCAGUCAUCACUGGAAAUCGUGAUGGAUUUAAUGUGAGGAUCCCUUUGCCAAGCGCCUUGUUUGAUUUGUUGCCACGAGAGAUUCAAAGUGGCAUGUUACUGAGGGUUCAGCCUGUUCUUUUCAAUGUGGGAAUCAAUGAGCAGCAAACCCUCGCAGAGAAGUUUGGAGACACCUCACUGCAAGAAAUAAUUAACAUGGAAAGCUUAGUUCGGUUGAAUUCAUAUUUUGAGCAGUUCAAGGAAGUUUUGCCUGAUGAUUGUCUACCUCGAUCUCGUAGUCAGACGUGCCUGCCUGAACUGUUAAGAUUUCUGGGACAGAAUGUACAUGCAAGGAAAAAUAAGAAUGUUGAUAUCCUUUGGCAAGCUGCUGAGGUAUGCCGCAGACUAAAUGGUGUUCGAUUUACAAGCUGUAAAAGUGCCAAGGAUAGGACUGCCAUGUCAGUCACCCUAGAGCAGUGUUUGAUCCUGCAGCAUGAACAUGGAAUGGCUCCACAGGUCUUCACCCAAGCUCUGGAGUGUAUGAGGAGCAUUGGAACACGGGAAAUAGUCACCCAGAAGAACUUGAGUGGCUUGGUGCCCAUCCGAGAUUUCAGACUAGAUCCCAGCCUCCUCUACUCUAUUCCCUUAUUGGCUCUCAGCCCCAAUUUACUGAUUGUGUGGCUGUUUCUGAGCAUAGCAUACCUGGUGGCCAGAUUACGUUGCAAGUGAAGAUAAGAGUAAAAAAAUGCAGAAGCAAAAAAAGUGCUUGAAUGUAUAUUGCCACUUGGUACCUGCUGGACAAAGGAAUGUGUCAUAGCAUUGUCUGCCAGGAAUUAUUAUUAUGCCUUACAAUUUUACGUUUCUAUUGUACUAAACUGUAAAUAUAUAUCAAAUUAAUUGAUCAGAAAGUAUUGUAUCGGAACUUUAAAUUAUUGUUCUGCUUUCAGUGCUUGUAACAUAGUCUGACAUUGGCCUGUUACCUCGUUACUUUAGCCGGCCUGAAGAUCUCUUACCAAGUACAGUUUUGUGUUACUUGUUUCAUGUAUUCCAGAGAAAGGAACUCUGCCUGGAAAGAAUUUGUAUCUUUUUGUAUAUUUAAGCUGUAUGCUAAACUUGCCUUUCAUUUUUACAAGGUAUGAAGAUACAAAUAUAAACAUGGGUGGGGUUUAUAAGAAAUCAUUUGACAUUUAUUUAAAGAAAUAAACAAAUUUCUACCUUCAUUUCAAAGCAUUAUAUCCAAAUCACAUUGCUGAGCAAUUUGUAGAACCAUACUCCUCCUGUUCCUUUCUCAUGGUUAAGUAUUUUCUAAUAGACUAGUGUACCCACAGAAUACACAACUUGUGGUGCACUGCAUGCAGAAUUAUUUGACUCUAUUUGUAGAUCUACAUUUUGUAAUAUAUUGAAGAUAGAGAAUGACUUGUGGUUAGGAAGAGGAUGUAAUUUGCAUUACCCUGCUAAUGAUCCGUAUCUGUUUCAGGUGCUCUGUUACAGAACUUAUUCUGAAACAGGGUCAUUAUCAUCCUAGAAGUUAAAGAUACUGGCCUUUCAGUAAGAAAGACAAAGUUCAGGCAAGAAGAGGGAAGGUAUCGGCUAGCUCAGUAGGUGCAUUUGAGGUUUUCCAUUGGGUUUUGCUUUAAUCACACUAGAAUAAUACUACUACUGUUAUUUCCAUUUUUAGGUGUUGGACAGCUUUAAUAAAUUGUAGUGUUGAUAGUGACUUAGACAUAAAUGAACAAUGGCAAGUUAGCAUUUAAGUCAUGCAGAAUAACUGCAGAUGAAAUUUGGCCAUCAUUUAUCUGUAAUAACAAACUGGGAGAUGCCUAUUUAAACUCUUGAUACAGUGGUCUGACAGAGCAUGUCAAUAGCAAUAGCUGAUCAAAAAACUUAACCUCAUUUAAUGUAGUUUGCUAAAUUCAUGAAGGGACUUACUUUACUUGGUGCCUGAGAUGACAGAAAAUUGGGCUUCUGAGGAGAGCUCUUGAAGUACUGUGAUUUCUAUUUUCUACUAUUAUUAACUUGCUCAACAAACAUAGGUAGCAAUAGCUUUUAUUAUCAACUUGAAAGUUGGAGUUUGAAAGCUUGUGAGACAGGUAAGCUUAAAAGAAAAACACAGAAUAAAAAUUAAAAUAAAAUCCUAAAUUUGGUGAAUAUUCU